ACCACAUGACCUGCUAUUAUAACCAUCAGCUCGAACUGAGAGGUACAACACCCUGGAACCAAGCAUAUGCUGUGAAUGAAGAGAGGCUGAAUAUCCCUGUAUCUGAAAGAGAUCUCAGCCUUGUUGCAAGUCACAUUGGGAUAGGGUUUGAGUGUGUCGGCAUCGAACUUGGACUUACUCUCGUGGUUAUCGAACAAGUCACGUUUGCACAUCCAUGUUCACUGUACAUGCAGGUUGUACACAUGCUUACGAAGUGGAAGGAGAAGAAUGGAAGAUCUGCCACCAGCCUGGUCCUCGUCAGAGCAUUUCGGAGAUGCAACGAGAAAUGUACGAUUGAGCGGGAAGACAUUCUGAACAUUCUUCAGGGAUCGUCCACUAUGUCAGGUUAAUAAAGUGCUGCUCUGAACACCCUUCUCAAGUACAGUUAUCACUGAUUUAUUGAUUGGGAGGAUAUUCUCAACACCCUUCGGGGACUAACAUCUAUUUCUGCGUAGCCAUGCACCUGCAUGUACGAAUCACAUUUAGAGGAAACAUCCGCUUUGAAAUAUCGAGUCGCAAUACUAGAUUCACUGAGGUUUCUGUGCACAAUUUGGGAUCAUGACUGAACUGAAUGAUUUUUGCUUCCUCGUGCAAGUUGCGCACUGAACACUCAUCAUAUGUACAGUUAUCAUUAAUUUGCCGUAUAUAAUACAUUGUGAUUGUAUUUGUAUGUUAAUAAACUGCUAUGAUGUCCUUUGUAAGAACUGGUCAUUCUGCCUCUUGUGAUAUUCGCGGAACAGUGACCGAGGGAUAACAAGCUGUGCUCUAAACGUCAUCCGUAGUCCGAAAAUCCGGAAACAUA